GUCUGAGAGCGAGACGGGAGAAGCGCAGUUAGAAUUUCGAUAGUUUUGAGCUCGGAAAUUCGCAGGAAAAUGGCAGCAAGUUCGGCUAUCAAGUUGUACACCGGUGCCAGGCUGCCUAUGCUGGGCCUUGGGACAUAUUGGAGGGUGCCCUAUGCAUACACCAUGGGUGGCAAACUCCUGCCACUGAAAUCUGAGGAGUAUAAGAAAACUGCCUAUGAGUGCACCAAGGCAGCCAUCAGUGCUGGGUACCGCCACAUUGACACUGCCUUUGCCUAUGAGAAUGAGGAAGAGGUGGGGAGAGCCAUCAAGGACAAGAUACUGGACAAGACUGUCAAACGAACAGACAUGUUUGUCACUGGGAAG